AUGACUAUGAACCCCAUCGCGACUAACGGGGAGGCUCCAAGCAAAAUAUGGCAGCCUCUCCAGAUUGGAAGACUCCAACUCGCACACCGAGUGGUCAUGUCGCCUCUUACCAGAGCUCGAAGUCCAGCAGGCCUACCUACCGCUCUCAGCAGUGAGUAUUACUGCCAACGGGUAACACAAGGGGGCUUGAUAAUAUCGGAAGGGAUUCACCCAUCACUCAUGGGAGGAAACUAUCAUGGGGUCCCUUCAAUGUAUUCACCUGAACAUAUUCGUGCAUGGAAGAAGAUCACCGAUGCCGUCCAUGCCAGAGGAGGGUACAUGUUUUGCCAGAUCUGGCAUACCGGCCGUGUCGCCGUCUCUGCUUGCCUGGGCGGCCGCCAACCCCUCGGUCCAUCCUCAGUCAAGCUAGACUGGACACAGCUAUUCACUCCUGUCGGGCGUGUGCCGUGUGAAGAGCCGAGAGAAAUGACAAUGGAGGACAUCAAAGACACAAUUGCUGACCAUGUCCAUUCUGCGAAAUGUGCGAUCGAGGCGGGGUUCGACGGUGUGGAAAUUCAAGGAGCAAAUGGCUAUCUUCUCGAACAGUUCCUCAGCCCAGGCGUCAACAACAGCCGAAAAGAUGCAUACGGCGGCAGCCCCAUUGAAAACCGGGCACGCCUCACACUCGAAAUCCUGGACGCUGUCACCUCUGCCAUUCGCGCAGACCGAGUAGGCAUCCGGCUCUCGCCUUAUAAUUAUUUCCAGAUCCCAGAGAGCCACCCAGAUCCAGUCACCGACUUCACCUGGCUGCUGAAGAAGAUCGACGGCUUCGGCCUCGCGUACGUGACGGUAAUGCAGCCGCGCACCGAAAUGAUGGGCUCAGCCGCCGCGCGCCUGGCCAGUACUUACGAGAUCGCGAGAGCCCGCGGCGUACCCGAAGAUCAACUUGAAUACGUGGUGUCCAUCCGACCAUUUCGCAAGGCGCUGAAGAAGACGCCCAUGCUCUCGAGCGGAGGCUUCGAUGCGACUAAUUGGGUCGAGCCGUUGGAGAGAGGUGAUCUCGACGGAGUUGUGUUUGGGCGCCAGUUCAUCAGUAAUCCUGAUCUGGUCGAGAGGCUCCGUAACGGGUGGGACCUGGCGCCCUGGAAUAUGAAGACUUUCUAUACGCCUGGCCCAGAGGGUUAUGUCGAUUAUCCAGUUUGGAGUACCAAUGCGGCGGACGCGUGUGAGAAGGAUGAUGAUGAAACUACUGGUAACAAGUUGCAGAGCCUCAAGCUCUAG